AUACCGAUAACUCUUUAGCUACACCAGGAGUACCACCACCAAGUCUUCAUCUAUGGCUAUCACCGUUGCUGCUACCGCCGUGACAUCACACUUUUUCGGAACUCAAAUCCAUUACCCUAACCUAAAAAGCUCAGGUCGAAUCCAAGCUAGGUUUGGGUUUAGCUUUGGCACCAAGAAAGCACCACCGGCACCCAAAAAAGCAUCCCCAAAACCGGCCGAUCGCCUUGUUUGGUUCCCCAGUGCAAGCCCACCGGAAUGGCUAGACGGCACAAUGAUCGGAGACCGAGGGUUCGACCCUUUCGGCUUUGCUAAACCGGCUGAAUACUUGCAAUUCGAUUUGGACUCAUUGGACCAGAACUUGGCCAAGAACGAGGCCGGUGAGAUUAUCGGGGUGAUUAACGAGACGGCGGAGCUGAAGCCAACACCGUUUCAGCCGUACACAGAGGUGUUCGGGUUACAAAGGUUUAGAGAAUGUGAGCUGAUUCAUGGGAGAUGGGCAAUGUUGGGAACUCUUGGUGCCAUCGCUGUUGAGGCACUCACUGGAGUUGCAUGGCAAGACGCAGGGAAGGUUGAAUUAGUGGAAGGAUCGUCUUACUUAGGGCAACCACUUCCAUUUUCGUUGACCACAUUGAUUUGGAUAGAGGUAUUGGUAAUUGGUUACAUUGAGUUCCAAAGAAAUGGUGUGCUUGACCCUGAGAAAAGGCUUUACCCUGGUGGCUAUUUUGAUCCACUUGGGUUAGCCUCUGACCCUGACAAACUUGAUAACCUCAAAUUGGCUGAAAUCAAGCACUCAAGGCUUGCCAUGGUUGCUUUUCUUAUUUUUGGUCUCCAAGCUGCAAUUACUGGAAAAGGUCCCAUCAGCUUCAUUGCUACCUUCAACACUUGAUGGAUUUAGACCUCAAAGUUUAAGCAUCUCCUUUCUAUAUCCAUGGAUUCUCUGUUAGUAGUUUACAGUGUUGUAUUAUGCAAAGGUGAAUGUUGACUGGCCACAUUGCUCAUUAUAUGCAAAGCUCAAUGUUGUAUU